GCAGCACCGGAAACCUCAGCCUGAAGGGAUCCCCAUGUGGGGGGAGGGGGACCUUUGGUCUCUCCCCAGCCUCUUCCUUCCCCCUGGCCUGGGGCUGGGUGGAGGGGCAGUUCCUCUUUCCUUCCCAAGCUCGGAGGAGGCCCCAGCUCCCAAGGGGCUAAGAAGCUGGAACACUGGUAAGGGGGAAGGAGCUGAGCCAGAUCCUUACAAGACCCUGCUCCCCCUCCCAGGAACCAUGAACAGGAAAGACAGCAAGAGGAAGUCCCACCAGGAAUGCCUGGGAAAGACAGGGGGGCGGGGCCGGCCCCGACAGGCCCGCCGCUACAAGACGUGCCCCAGUCCCCGGGAAAUCAGCAAGGUCACGGCUUCCAUGGCUCUGGGCAUGCUGAAUGAGGGUGGCUGCAGUGAAGAUGAGCUGCUGGAGAAAUGUAUUCAGUCCUUCGACUCAGCUGGCAGCCUGCGCCGAGGGGACCACAUUCUCAACAUGGUACUGGCCAUGCACAGCUGGGUGCUGCCUUCGGCCCACCUUGCUGCCCGUCUGCUGACCUUGUACCAGGAGGCCACAGGGAGCACACAGGAGUCGAGGCGGCUGCAGAUCUGUCACCUGGUCAGGUACUGGCUGAACCAACACCCUGAGACGGUGCACCAGGAGCCCCAGUUAGAAGAGGUUAUAGGUCGCUUCUGGGCCACUGUAGAGCAGGAGGGCAACUCCACCCAGAGGAGCCUGGGAGACUCCUCCAAUCUCCUGAGCCCGGGUGGCCCUGGCCCCCCAGCCCCCACGAACAGCCCAGGCCUGGGCAAAAAGCGCAAAGUGUCCUUGCUUUUUGAUCACCUGGAAACUGGGGAACUGGCUCAGCACCUCACUUACCUGGAGUUCCGGUCCUUCCAGGCUGUCACGCCCCAGGACCUGCGGGGCUACGUUUUGCAGGGCUCCGUGCGGGGCUGCCCGGCCCUGGAGGGCUCCGUAGGUCUCAGCAACAGCGUGUCUCGCUGGGUGCAGGUCAUGGUGCUGAGCCGCCCCGGGCCGGCGCAGCGAGCUCAAGUACUGGAGAAGUUCAUCCACGUGGCACAGAUGCUGUACCAGCUGCAGAACUUCAACACACUGAUGGCAGUCACAGGGGGUCUGUGUCAUAGUGCCAUCUCCAGACUCAAGGACUCUCAUGCCCACCUGAGCCCCGAGAGCACCAAGGCCCUGCUGGAGCUGUCUGAGCUCCUGGCCACCCACAACAACUACGCCUGUUAUCGACGCACCUGGGCAGGCUGCACGGGCUUCCGGCUGCCUGUACUGGGUGUGCACCUCAAGGACCUGGUGUCCCUGCACGAGGCACAGCCUGACAGGUUGCCUGAUGGCCGCCUGCACCUGUCCAAGCUCAACAGCCUCUACCUGCGGCUGCAGGAGCUGGCAGCCCUCCAGAGGCAGCACCCGCCCUGCAGUGCCAAUGAGGACCUGCUGCAUCUGCUCACGCUUUCCCUGGAUCUCUUCUACACGGAGGACGAGAUCUAUGAACUCUCUUACGCCCGGGAGCCCCGCUGUCCCAAGAGUCUGCCACCCUCCCCCUUCAAAGCGCCCCUGGUGGUGGAGUGGGCCCCUGGCGUGACACCCAAACCGGACAGGGUCACCCUGGGUCGACAUGUGGAGCAGCUGGUAGAGUCCGUGUUCAAGAACUAUGACCCUGAAGGCCGAGGAACCAUCUCUCAGGAGGACUUUGAGCGACUCUCUGGCAACUUCCCCUUUGCCUGCCAUGGGCUUCACCCACCCCCUCGCCAGGGGAGUGGCUCUUUCAGCCGAGAGGAGCUGACAGCGUACCUGCUCCGGGCCAGCGCCAUCUGUUCCAAGCUGGGCCUGGCCUUCCUGCAUGCCUUCCAUGAGGUCACCUUCCGCAAGCCCACCUUCUGCGACAGCUGCAGCGGCUUCCUCUGGGGUGUCACCAAGCAAGGCUACCGCUGUCGGGACUGUGGGCUGUGUUGCCACAAACACUGCAGAGACCGUGUGAAGGUGGAGUGUAAGAAGCGGCCAGACGUCAAAGGCGAUGUGAGCCUCCCAGAAGCCUCUGUCUCACCCACACAAGUUCCCCAUGCCAGCGGUGGUAAGACCCGAGGCUCUGAGGACAAUCUCUCCUACACACUAUCCCUGGAGCUUGAGAUGGGGUGCCACCUUCGCCAUGCUUGGACCCAGACGGAGCCCCCACACCCUUCCUGGGAACCAGAGAUGGACCCUCUGCCAACGACCGCCUCGCCACCCACCCAGUCCUCUAAGCCCAACUCCUAGACAUCACCUUUAUCUCCUUUCUCUCUCCUCCCCAGAGUCAGUUCCAAGUCCUGUUAUUCCGCCUCGAGCAGAAAACCCCGGAAGGCAUCGCCUCCUUCCCAUGCACACUGCCUUCGUGGACAGUCAGUCCCCUUUUGCAUCAGAGUACCUACUCAUUGUACUGUCCCUCCGUGUACUAGGGCAUGUGUGCAACAUGUCGAAUACAUUUACGUUUAGAUGUAGGCAUCAUCUCACCAACUCCUUCAAUCUCCGUUUUACAGAUGGGGAAACUGAGGCCCAGUGAGGUUAAGCUGCUCUCCCAAGGUGGCAGAGCUCUUAACUGUUAAGGCAGGACUGUAACCCAGGUUUUCUGUCUGCUUGUGAAACAGAAGCCCCUGACCAUUAGGCCACACUGACAGCAUGGGCCAGCAAGGGGAGAGGGGAGACUGGGCAGAGUUCUGGAGAGGGAGGAAGUUAGAGAAGGGCUGGAACAGGGAGCCCGAGUCAGGCCACAUCCCUCCCCUGUGCAGAGCCCCUGUGUGGCUCCUUCUCAGGGGGAAAGCCGGAGGCCUCACUGCAACCCACCUGACGCAAUCCCCACACCCCACCAUCACCUCUCCAACCCCACCUCCCACCACUCACCCCCUGACUCAUCCUGCUUCAGCUACACUGGCCUUGAUGGUCCCUGAACAUGCCAAAGAUACUCCUACCUCAAGGCCUUUGUACUGGCUAGUCCCUCUUCCUGGAACACUCUUCCCCAGAGGCCCAAAUGGCUCCCCCCUCUUUGGGACUUAACUCAAGGGUCACUUUCUCAGUGAGGCCUCCCAUGACCAUAACCAAAGUUGUAAUCCCCACCAAGUGGCAAUCCUGCCUUCCUGCUGGAUUUUUCUCCAAAGUCGUUUUCCCAUCUGAUAGACAAUACUUUCUACCUAUUUAUAUUGUUGAAUGUCUGCCCCUCCUCACCAGAAAUGUCAGCUCCAGGAGACAAGGGGUUUAUAUUAUCUUUAUCUUUCCCUGCUAUACACCCAGUGCUUAGAACAGGGCUGGCACGUGGUGAGUACCUGAGAAAAGUCUCUCGAGUGCCUCAGGCCUCCUUCCCUAUGCCCAUGUGAAGG